UGAAAUCAGCACGGCUGCUGAAACUUAGUGAAGGUCGCUGGGAGUCCUCUCUCUCACCCACCCACCCACACACACACACACACACACACACACACACACACACACACUCACACACUUCACCUGGCACUUACACACACACACACACACACACACACACAUCCUGGUGCAGGGAACUGAAGCUCUGCUCAGUCCCAAUCCUCUCCGUGCUCGAGCGAGGAGCCUGCUGGUGAUCGGACUGUCGCCUGAAGCGAAGAGGCCGGAGCCCGGGUGUUGAUUCAAUUUUACAGCCCAGUCACUCUCUCACUCUCUCUCUCUGAAGCUCUGAUUAGUCAGCCAAGGGGGAGAGAAGGAGGAGAAGAAGAGAAAUAGUGAUGGCUAUGACCGACAUUGCAGAGGAUGACCUGGAUGAGAUGAUGCGCGAAGAAGCGGAGGACGUCUUCUACUGAGGACGGUAGGCUUGCCAAGGGUCAGCUGUGGAGAGAGAGAGAGCAAGGCGUGGGUUUACAGGAGUGUCAUCCCACGUCCCAGAGAUCAUGGCAGCAGGCACCCACUCCCCCGGAGGGCCCAAUGGCAUAAUCCGGAGUCAGUCCUUCGCUGGCUUCAGCACGCUGCAAGAGCGACGCUCACGGUGUAACUCUUUCAUGGGGAACUCAGCGGUGCAGAAGAAGCCUCAGUCCAAGCCCAAGAAGCCUCACCUGUCAGGACACAAGGGAGGCAGCAGCUCCCGAGAGCCGCAGCCCAAAAGACUGGAGGAGGUUUACACUGCACUCAAACAAGGCCUGGAUGAGUAUCUGGAAGUUCAUCAGACAGAGCUGGACAAACUCAUGUCUCUGAUGAAGGACAUGAAGAGAAACUCUCGCCUGGGAGUGCUGUACGAUCUCGACAAGCAAAUCAAAACCAUUGAGAGGUACAUGAGACGUCUGGAGUUUCACAUGAGCAAGGUGGACGAGCUGUACGAGGCGUUCUGCAUCCAGAGCCGUCUGAGGGAAGGUGCCAGCCGGAUGAAGCAGGCCUUCUCCUCCUCUCCCUCCACUAAAGGCACCAAGGAGAGCAUCGCAGAGGUCAACCGCCGGUACAAGGAAUACACCGAGAACAUGAGCACAUUCGAGAGCGAAUUGGAGAACCUGCUCGGGGAGUUUCAUAUCAAAAUGAAAGGAUUGGCAGGCUUUGCGAGGCUCUGUCCUGGAGACCAGUAUGAGAUAUUUAUGCGGUACGGUCGUCAGAGGUGGAAGCUGAAGGGGAGGAUUGAAGUGAACUCCAGACAGAGCUGGGAUGGAGAUGAGAUGGUGUUCAUGCCUCUCAUCACUGAUCUCAUCAACAUCAAGGUGACAGAACUGAAGGGCCUGGCCACUCACAUGCUGGUGGGCAGCGUCAUCUGUGAGACCAAGGAGCUGUUUACUGCCAUGCCCCAGGUGGUGGCCGUGGAUGUCAACGACCUGGGGACCAUUAAACUCAACCUGGAGGUCACGUGGUACCCCUUCGAUGUCGAGGACCUGACUCUGUCGUCUGGCAACGUGAGCAAGGCCACAGCUCUGCAGAGACGAGUGUCAGUCUACAGCCAGGGAACGCCAGAGACCCCCACCUUCCAGGACACCUCCUUCUUUUCCACUUUACCAGAUGAUGUCUUCGAGAAUGGCGGCUGUGGCGUGGCCGAAUGCAAGCGUCUCUCCUUCACCUUCUCUGACACCUCUGGAUCCACGCCCAGCCCCAGCCCCGCCCCGAGCUCCCACUCCCCCGGCCAGUCCAACCCGGAGAUCACGGUCACUCCUCCAGAGACAGAACCAUCGUCCACACAAAUCCUCCCAACAAGAGAGGACUCCAUCGCAGAGGAGCAUUUGGUGGAGGAAGAGGAGGAGGAGUACGAAGAGGAUGGGGAGACAGGUAGUAGGGGAAGUAGAGGAAGUAGAGGCACUAGCACCAGCCUUGCCAGCGAUGAAGCCGAGGCAGCGGAGGACUCAGAGUGGGAGCGCACCGAGUCCCAGCGAAAUUCUGGCUCCAACUGUGGCUCAGCUGCUCCAUCCUUGUGCUCUGACAGCCACCUGUCUACAGUGGCUCCAGAGGAUGUUUUCCUGGAUCACGCUGACGAACUGAAACCUGUGGAACUGGACACAGAGGAGGCCGGCAGCCUGACCAGGCAGCUUGUGAAGCGGCUGACGUCUUCUGAAAUUGUGCCACCCUGUGGGAGUUCUACCGAGGGCGCAGGAAGCCUGAGCUGGGCAGGGGAGGGGAGCAGGGCGUUCCUGGAGAGCAGCCUGGAGGAGGCCAUCCACAGCCUGCUGAUGAGGCUGGAGUCACUGACUCACCGCUGCCGAGAGCUGCAAGACCUGGAGCAGGAAGUGAUGCGCCUGGAGGACCUACUCAAGUGUCGUCUCCCGGGCCACAGAAGCAGAUCAUCCAGCCUCAGUCUGACAGUGGAGAGUGCCCUGGAGAGCUUCGACUUCCUCAACACCUCUGACUUCGAUGACGAGGACACCGGAGACGACAACGCCGUCCUCAGCAUUCCCCAACAGAGGUCUCCGCUUUUCGAUGCGGACGGAGAGAGGAUCGGGGGCCAGCAUCCAGAGGCCAGAGGACAUCUGAGCGAGGCCCUGACAGAGGACACUGGGGUUGGCAACAGUGUGGCUGGAAGCCCCCUACCGCUUACAACUGGAAACGAGAACCUGGACGUGGCCAUCGUCAUCCACCUGCAGUACUGUAAUCACCUCAUACAGUUGUUGACGAGUAGGGUGGGUGUGUGGCAGCGUCGCAGCCUGCUCCUCAAACUGUCCGGACAGACUCAACUGUUGGAGGAACUUGCAGAGAUCAGUGUGGACAGACUGGGAGCUAUUACAUCUGCUGCUGAUGUUCUCCCGGGCCUCGCCGAGCGCCCGGAGCUGAUGACUCUGUGGUCAGAGUGUAGUGGGUCUGCAGGUCUUUUCCACACCACACUGGACAGAGUGUUCAAACACAUGAACCAGUGCUACAUGGCAGUGCUGCAGGAGAGACACCCACGCGGCGCUGACACAGUGAUUGGCAUUGUAGUGGGUGAGAUGAUUGACAGGAAUGACCUGGUGACGUCACACAAUCCUCCAGCCUCUGCUCUGUCCCAGGAUGUCCUGACCGUGUUUCAGUUCCACAGCUACAUCUUACAACACGAGGUGCAAGAUAUGGAGACGCACCUGCUGCACCUGGCCAGAGAGGAGGUGUUUGCAGAGGCUCUGUGCAGUGGGGAUUAUUCUCAGUGUCUAGCAGAGCUGGAGAUGGUGCCUGUGUCGUCCCUGUGGCCUAAAAACAGCACCCUGAGGGCCCUGGCGUCCCUGCUCACUGCAGAUGACCCUCAGGUCAACAAGGCAGCGGCCGACUACCUUUCCUCUGGAGCGUCGCGUGGCCAUUUCAGGACCAGGGCAGUGGAGUGCUAUACCCAGGCGCUGUCGGAGGCUGGAGUUCAGAGCCAGAGAGCGGCUUGUUCAGCUCUCAGCUGUCUGCAGGCUGUAGAGAGCAUCAGGGCAGUGGUAGCACUGUGCGAUUCAGCUGAUGAGGAGCUUCGCCAUGUUGCUAUAGAAACGCUGCUCACAUUUGGUGAGGAGGGGCGGCUGGCGUACGAGCAGCUGGACACAGUGCCGGGGGAAAUGAUCCGCUUGGGCACGCGGCGAGGAAACGCCGUCACCACGGCCUUCUGAGCCACCGUGCCACUUUAGAGCAUCACAGAUUACACCCCAGCGGACCCGACCUCUGAAGGAAAAACACUGCCUCCCCCUCAGCUAGACACCGCACUGCACACCUCACAGGGCUGUUAAUGACUGAUCAGUUUAUUGAUCUCCCUAUUGGAACAGAUUUCCCGCACCACCACAUUAGAUCACUGUUGUUACUGAUACUGCCUCCUUAAAAGGAACUAACACCAAACAAACUGUCUUAACCACAAAGACACACAACCUAUAACAACCCCUGCACACACACACAAACACACUUAAAACUCCUUCACCUCCAAUUUCGCACACCCCCACCCCUCCUACCCCUGCUUUCUGAGCCAGGCAGACCAGUCACGUUGAGUUUUAACUUGAGAGCACGAAUUUGACUGGACACGAAGCCACUCCAAAGACUGUGUGGAAACUGGAGAAUCAAGCAAUGCAUCUUCACCCUUUGCACAACCUCUGUCAACAAGCUACCCUCCACUGCACACAACUCUUGUUAUCACUUAUUCACUGAUUUACUAUCAUCCUGGUUGUUACAGAGUCACUUGUGUGUCACGCAAUAUACUAACUAUGAUCUUUGUAUAAUCACUGUUUAUCACGUUUUCAGUUGGUGGUUUUUUGCAUUAGAAAUUUUUUUUUUUUUUGGGCGCUUUCAGAAGAUUUGCACUGUUGUAUGGCAUGUAAAUAUGGUAUAUUUUACACAGCUAGUGUAAUAUAUGUGGUUGUAUUCAAAAUGUAUUUUUAGGUUCUGUUUUCUAGUACGUUCCAUUUUUGAGUUUCAGGGAUUCUUGUAUGGUCGAAAGUGUGUGUUUUGUGGCAAGAAGGAGCAUUAACGAGUUCAGAAUGGCUUCUAAGAGAAAGUGUUGGUAAAGUAGUUAAAGAGCAGUUUACAGUCUUGAAAAGAUUUAGACCUCAGUUAUCUCAUCAGUGGAGAAAAAGAUGAGUGCCCAAGGUUCACUCUUUCAGCAGUUUAUGUCUCAUACGUGCAGUUGAACAAGUGCAAUUUUUCUAUACAUAGCUGAUACGAGAAGACGUUUGAUAGUCAGCCUUGACGAGGUCGAGCACGCAGGUUCUACAAAUACCCUCUUUUGUAAAUGUAUUUUUCCUAUCAGGUACAGAGCCAGUUGAGGGCAAUAAAUUCAGCUUAGGGAGUGUGAGAAUGCACUUUUCUCAGCAGCUGUACAGAGAGGAGGAUCUUUUGGGCAGAAUAUAGGUGUAGCCUCAGUUGUGGCCAACUGCACAUUCAUACAGUACAUGAGCUAAUAGCAGGAUAAAGCUUUUAUUGUGAGAAGCUGCAGAAUGAAGUGUUUCUGUUUGGUACGUCUUGGGUCUGAUUUUGAUUCCCUGCACCCUAAACUGUAAUGUGGGAACACUGACCCGAGGUCAGCAUCUAAUUCCAACUUUUCUCAUUGUUAACUGUACUACUGAGUCUAGUGAGACGAUAAAGCUCACAUCUGUUCUCACAUCUUAUUUAUUAUUUACUCGUAAUUCUAAUAUUCUUUGGAGUUAAUAGUGCAGAUGACAUUGUUAUGUAAAUUAAUUGUAUAUUUAUGUUCUAUUUUGGAUCAGGUCUAGGAUUUGAAAUAUAGUUUAUUGUUUCAAAAGGCCUCCAUGUUAUUACCAUGCAACUGAACUCAUGCUUAACUUUAAUUGGAGUUUAUUUUGAAAGAAUUAUAUUAGAUGGAUUAUUAUUUUGGAGACGAUUAAGAUUUGCUAAUAGCAUUAUAGAUUUUUUUUUUUUCCCUAAAAGGUUCCAAACAUAAAGGGACAUUAUAUAUUAGAAAUGUUACUUUAUUACUUAGAUUUAUUGUAACCAAAGGAAGAAUGAAUUUUAAAAUUGUCUUUUAAUAAAAGCUCAUAAAUCAUCACGGAGAAUGUAUUUUCAAUACAACAUUUGCAUUUUGGCCAGAAUACUGAGACUCGUCUUUAGAAGCACAACUUGAAAAAUAAGACAAACCCAUAAUAUAUGAAUCUAGCAACAUUUGGUUCUAACUGCACAGUCCAAAGCCAUAUUGAUUAAAAACAAGUGGUAAUAUUUUUCUGAAAUGUAUUUUUUUUUUUGUAUUAUAAUCUGUAAAUGUGUGAAGUUGUUACUAAAAGCUGAAGAUGGUAUUAAGUUUUUUUUCUAUACAACCUUUUGCAAAACAUGGUCCAUAUUUUAAGUACAGUUACAGUAUUUUGGUCUAGUAUCUAAUUCACCCACUCAUUCAUUGUAAUUUUUUUCUUUUUACAAACUUGCAGUUGACCAGUGUUAUAAGUUGAUCUGUUGACUGUUCAAUUCCUAAUCACCACAAAGUACAAGUUGGCAAAAUGUGCACAUGUUUAAUUAUUUAGAGACUGGUUUUAAGAAUAACUUGGUGCAUUUUUGCUAAAAUUGAACUGUAUCCAUUUCUGUGGUCAGUAGCUUCAGUACUAAUUCAUUUAGUUGCAUACUACUCUUCUCCAUUGUGGUUAGCAGCAUUUCCUCUGCUCAUCAAAAGUUGCAAUAAAUUUUAUUUUUGCAUAAUUAAAAUAACAAA